UGUGGCGCUCUCUGCUGCCCCUGUAGGUGGAGGAGGAGCGGCUGGACAGGGAGAGGGAGGAGGACAUCCUCAUGAGGGGCUCUGACUGGGUGGCUGAUUGGUCGAGUCGACCUGAAAACAUCCCCCCUAAGGAGUUCCAUUUCCGCCACCCGCGGCGCACGCUGACCCUCAGUAUGAGGAAGACAGGAGCCAUGAAGAAAGGGGGUGUGUUCUCCGCCGAGUUCCUCAAGGUCUUCAUCCCCUCACUGCUCCUGUCGCACAUCCUGGUGCUGGGGCUUGGGGUAUACAUCGGGAAGAGGCUGACCACACCCCCUGCCAGCUCCUUCUGAGCCCUGCCCUCACUAUACACCCCCCUCCCUCUGACUCCCACCCUCUUACCUCCCCCACACUCUCUAUUUCCUUCUUAGACUUUUAUGUUUUUAUGUCCAGUGGUCCUGCCCACCCUGAAACACUGCAAGGUGACGACUGCCACCUCAUUUCAGACUCCGCCCCUUGUCACUCCUGGAGGGGCGGAGCUACAGCAUCAGCCAACCUCAAAACUGAUGCCUGUGAAACAAGCCGCCCUCUGAGCUGAAACCUGUGGGGGGAGAUUUCAGGAAGAGCAGCUGAGGGGCGUGUUUGACUAAACAUGGGGCAGCGAUGUAGCAGCGGCUGAUUGGCUCAGUCCUACAAAGGUGGCCCUGUUAUUAUUCUCAUCACAGUCAUAAUUAUAACCCUCACGGUGUAGUUCAGUAGUGACCGUCUCAUGCUUGAAUCUGAAACCUUUGGUUAGAAGUACAGAAAUCAGAAGUGCAGUUCCUCAGAAUGCCAGCUGGGGGUGCCGCUGUGCAGCCUGUAGGUCAGGACGCGGCUGGACAGGAGUCCUCAGUGUAUGAGAGAGACCCCCCCCUCAGCCACCCUGCUGUGAAUUAUGUUUAUGGGAAAGAAAAUCCGCCUAUCCCCAAUCCCCCCCCGCCCCCAACACCACCCGCACCACCUCAUCUCUCCCGCAUCUCCGCUUCCUCCUUCCUCCACGGCCUUGCAGCCUGGGGCUCGAGGCUUGGCUGAACUGGCUGAACACACAGAAUGUGCACGAUGGGGGAUUUCCUGCCUGCUCCUUGUUUUUUGGUUUUGUUUCUGCUGGAAAGGGGAGCAGGAGAGAUGGCAAAGACGCCGUAGUAAUUUUGAUAAUGAUGGUUAAGGUGUUUGUUCCUAGAAUUAGCAGGGUUUUUUUUUUUGCUUUGUUUUCUCUGAUUGAUUUUUGUCAUUAAAAUUCUCCACUGCAGCAAAGA